AUGCUUGGCCCUAAGCUGGCUCUCUUGCUGUUGCUGCUGCACGCAGGGUUUGGCUCCGCCUACCGCUGGUACAACUGGCAGUUUGAGGUCACUUGCGAGUCUGACGCCUACAUUGCUCCUCAGAAUGAGAAUGCUACUGCCAAGUUCCUCAAGGGGCAGUACCACCAGGGCUCCCAUAUCAAAGUUGUUGGCAAUGGUCAUGGAUUUGGUAACCUCACUACCUGUGUCGACAAUACUCUCACUGAGAAGCCCACCUAUAUCGUUUCCCUCACCAAUCUGAAGAGCCUGAAUAUCGAUAAGAAGAAUCUCACCGUCACCUUUGGUGCCGGCUGGGAUGUCGAUGACCUUAUCCAAGAGCUGAAGGCCAACGGCCUAUCCUUUAGCAAUCUUGGUGUUGAGCGUGUUCAGAACUUUGUGGGUGCCGCCUCCACUGGCACUCACGGUUCUGGAUCCAACCUCGGUAAUAUCGCAACCCAGAUCAUUGGGCUGCGUGUGUUGGACUCGCAGGGAAACCUCCGUGUCAUCGACGAGAAGAACAACGCAGAAGAACUGAAGGCUUUCCGUAUCAGCCUUGGCGCCCUCGGUUUAAUCACGGAGUUGACUAUCAAGGUCCAGCCUACCCAACUCCUGAAGAAGACCACCAAGGUCUUGAAUGCCACUUCCGACUACUCGAAGAUGUACAAGGAGCUUGCGCAACUGUACAAGGAUCACGACCGUAUGACUGUUUGGGGUCCUCACUUCGACUGGGAGGAAAAAUCUCAGAGCUGGGCCCUCGAGCCUACCUACUUCCUCUCUUACUGGGAGCCGACCGACUAUACCGGUGUUCGCAACUGCACUCUCAAUUACUGCGCCAACGGCUGCGGUGACUGCAAGAAGGAGUACAUUUGCUACGACGAAGUCACUGACGCCGCUUCCUGCUCUCCUCAAGGUGUCUGUUCCCGAGGCUUCUACGCCGAGAUCGAGCACUUCCUUCCUAUUGAGCAGUACGCAGAAGCUGCCACCAACUACACCAUCUUCCAACAGGCCCAGACGUCGCGCAUGAAGGCUCCCUAUAACAAGCAGAUGGUCAUCCAGCACCGUACCCUCAAGGGUGACGAUACAUAUCUGUCCCCUGUCAACACCUAUAACCUUGGCCCCGAGUCUAGCGGUGUUUUUGCCAUCAUCGAGAUUGACUGGAUCCAAGAAUAUAACAACUUCACCACUCUCUGGCAGAACCAAGAAUUGGCCCACGAAUUCCUCCCUCACUUUGGUGAAACCUACAACGUUCGCUCCCAUUGGAACAAAAUGAGUGCUCCUAAUGCCACCUACACCCGGGAGAAAUUCCCGAAGCUGCCUGAGUUCUUGGCCAUCCAGAAGCGUCAGGAUCCCAAGUGCCAGUUUGUCAACGAAUUCCUGGUUCAGCAGCUUGGCAUUACCCGCUGCGCGGACUAUAUCUCUCUGUAG